CUGUGUAUCUAUGCCCACACCGCUGUUCCUAGCCUUACCUUCUCUGUUGCUCAAGACUGCAGGUCCUGGGCAGCAAGGACAGCUGCCUCCAUCGCUUUCCCGUAGGAGACUUGCACAUGUUGAACCGUCAGGCUCCUGACCGCCCUCAAGCAUCCCUUCCUUGGUGCUAACCGCUGCCUCUUCUGGUUUCCAGGCACCCCAGCCUGCAGUCCACGUGCAGGGGCAAGAGCCCCUGACCGCCUCCAUGCUGGCUGCGGCACCCCCCCAGGAACAGAAGCAGAUGCUGGGAGAACGUUUGUUCCCACUCAUCCAAACCAUGCAUUCAAACCUGGCUGGGAAGAUUACAGGAAUGCUGCUGGAGAUCGACAACUCUGAGCUGCUGCACAUGCUGGAGUCCCCCGAGUCUCUCCGCUCCAAGGUGGAUGAAGCUGUGGCGGUUCUACAGGCUCAUCAUGCCAAGAAAGAAGCUGCCCAGAAGGUGGGCGCUGUUGCUGCUGCUACCUCUUAGACAAGGAAAAACCGUAUGUUUGGCUGUUUUUGUUCUCUGCAAUCAUUUUAACUCGUGAAUAUCUUCCUAAAAGAUGAGGGACACUGUGUAGAGCUGUGUUUCAGCCAUUUAACCUGAUAACAUGGGCAAGCUGUCCCAGGUUUUUUCUGUCAUCUAGAUGAAUUAAUAUAGAGAAGAGAGUACAUAUUGUAAAUUAUAAGGAGCAAAAAAGAAGUUUCCUCAGUAAAGGGCAUGUGGUUAGAGGUUGCGCAUGUCUUAGCAUCCUUUCCUGGUGGUUAUAAGCAGACUUUCUCAAGAGUCACCUUUUCGGUCUGGAAUAGUGAUAGAUCUAUAGUGAUAGAUCAUAAUCAGAUCUCACAGCCUCAUUUCUAUGAGCAUCUCCCUGGUUUGGCUUGAGAUUGGUAAGGUCAGCUGUGUGUAUAACCACUGCUUAUCUCUGGGAACACAGUGGCCUUGGUGUCAAAGUGGGAGAAACAGACACACCUGUGACUACAGUUACAGGGUAUGUUCCAGUUUUAGACUUGGGGUCCAUGGUCCUUGUCUGCGGGGGAUUGGGUGAGUAAAGUUUAACUAGGAUCUCUGACAAGGACUGGUAGGUGCUUCCAGAUGGAGAGAGAACCAAGUGAGCCGAGGCUAGGGGAAAUGGCACGUGGUAAGGGCCAGAGCUGGUAUGGAGGUUGGGGUUGACUUGACAUAGCCAUGGCCAUGGCCCCUUGGUCUGUCAUUUGGAAUUUAAAAAAGAGAACCAUCCAUCAAACUGUAGAAGCUUUUGAGUACAGGAUGGCCUGGAAGGGUGGGGUUUGGGUUCUUAUAGACAGUAGCUAGCCUCAAAGCCAGUGGUUCUCAACUAGGGCUGCCCCCUUAGGACAUUUGCCAACGUCUGGAGACAUUUUCAGUUCUCACUACUGGAAAUGUGUCACUGGCAUCUAGCGGUAGAGGCCAGGGAAGCUGCCAAAUAUUCUACACUGUACAGGGCAGUCCCAACAAGAUUUAUCUGGGCCAAAAUAUCAGCAAGCACUGAGAUUGAGAAACUGCUCUACAAGACCUUCUGUUAGCAGCCAGGAAUUUCAGUGAAUCUGUGAGGUUCUUUUGAU